AUGUCCUGUCAUCUACACAACAACAUCACGUGGGUCAUCAACCUGGACUGUACCGGCUGCCCUAAGCCUACGCAACCACCACAGGCACUACCUCCGCCUCCACCAUCAUUCCCGACUACCCUUACUACCACAUAUAUCACCACCACAUGCCCUGGUUACCCAUACUCAACCAGCCAUCCGCUGCCUCCACCUAUUAUUAUACCGCAGCCGCCUGCUACAAAUCACCCGGCUCCCCCUCCUCCCUCAGGAAUCAGCCAUCCGAUACCGCCUACUGUUAUUCCACAACCCCCGGGCACCAACAAUCCGGCUCCCCCGCCGCCAAAGACUAGUCAACCGGUUCCUCCUGUUGUUCCACAGCCUCCUAGUACCAAUCAUUCGGCUCCCCCGCCACCAGAGAUCAACCAGCCAGCGCCUCCACCUCCCUCGGGAACCUCCCAUCCGGCACCGCCUCCUGUUAUUAUACCACCACCUGCUACUACUACUACUACAGUCACUUUCUGCCCUGUUCUAUCCCCAGUCGGGACAUGUUCAGCGAUGACAGAGACGGUAACGGUCACCGUGCCAGCUAAUUCAUGGCCAGGGACUGUACAUCCUAUUCCACCGCAUCCUGCAUCAGGCUCCCCAAGUGCAACGAAGUCGCUUUCCAGAAUCGGUGGUGCUGCUAACCCUUCCGCAACACAAUCGCCAGCAAGUUCGAGCUCUCCAUCUCUGUCUAACGGCUCCGCUCCGCGUUUUGAGAAGUCAGCGGCAGCAGUAAUUGCCGGCAUUUUAACACUGUUGGUGAUCUUCUAA